GAGAGAGAGAGAGAGAGAGAGAUUGACAUCAUUCCUCAGUGCCAUACGGAGUUCUGCGUGUUAGUCACCCACACUCGAGCUGAGAACAAGGCGGAAUAAGGAGCUUUGGCAGCAGUGGGUGCUGCUUUAAUAUAAAUGCAGCUGUACAGACGGGAAGUGAAGCUACAUUGCCUCCGACUCAUUUCCUUCACUGUACUGAAAACUGAGAAACAGCAUGUCUGUCUCUUUUUAGCGUGUUCCACUGUGAGGCCUUGUGCUUUGGCUUUUGCAAAAUCAUGACGAAAUGGACAGCUAGAACAAAGCCAUAAUGGACAAUCCUGGAUUGAAAUCCUGUCAUUUUCCACCUCAGAUGCCAUUUUGUUUUGUAAAGCAACUCAUCAUAGACCAUAAAACCCACAAUCCAUUUGGCAGGAACAAGCCAAGCCAGAAGUUAAUUCCUGUUACUGCGGUGGUUCCUUUAAAUCUUUCCUCUGGAAAAUUCACCCCGAGGUUUAGUCUGCCUUAACCAUGAUGUUGAGAAGAAAACUGUACUUAGGCGCUCUGCUAGGUGCUAUUUUGUUUUUAAUGAUAGCUGCUCACACCAUUCAGAAGGCCAGUGUUGUGCCCAUCACAGAUUUACCCACUCAUCACGAUGUCAGGUUACCAAUGAAGAACCAGACACCAUUACAAACAGUUAUCACAGAGCCAAGACGAGGUCAUUCCUGUAGCUGUCCUUACUGUAUUGCAGACAAGGGUGUGUCGGAGUGGUUUGACCAACGCUAUGAUCAUAAACAGCAACCUUACCUCACCGGCAGGGAUAAUGACAUAGAUCCGCUUUCUCUGAAGUGGUGGCUGUCUUUGCAGUCAUCUGAUGGAAUGAUCAAGGACGUCACCCAGAAGAUGUUUAAGAUAAUUUCCCCUCCACCUGAGGACGAAAUGCCACGGCAGAACCAGUGCCAGAAGUGUGCAGUUGUUGGAAACUCAGGGAAUCUGUUGAGGUCCAAAUACGGAGCCUUGAUAGAUUCCCACUCAGUUGUUAUUAGAAUGAAUAAGGCCGUGACUGUGGGUUUUGAAGAGGAUGUUGGUAACCGAACCACCCACCACUUCAUGUACCCAGAGAGUGCGAUCGAUCUGAGACCUGGUGUCCAUCUCGUCCUUCUUCCCUUCAAACUGAAAGACAUGCAGUGGUUAUCCAGCGCUCUUUCCACAGGAGAGAUCAAAAUGACGUACAUGAGAGUGAAAAAUCUUGUGGAAGCUGACAAAGACAAGGUGAUAGUUGUAAAUCCAGCCUUCUUUAAGUACACACAUGACAAAUGGACAGAGCGUCAUGGAAGGUACCCUUCCACCGGGAUAGUAGCCAUUAUGUUUGCUCUGCAUCUCUGUGAUGAGGUGUCAGUGUUUGGAUAUGGGGCAGACAAGCAAGGAAACUGGCACCACUAUUGGGAGUACAACAGAUAUGCCGGCGCCUUUCGAAAGACGGGCGUCCAUAACGCAGAUUUCGAGACUGAGAUCAUUCAGAGGCUCAACAAAGAGGGCAAAAUCAAACUACAGAUGAGCCUGUAAUUGUGGCCUUUAUUGAUUUGGUACAGCUCAAAGCCAUGCAAAUGCAGGGCCAGGAUGCACAGCAGCUGUAUGGAAGCCAAAGAGACACAGAUCUGUGAUCCGCCGUACCAUUAAUUGACCACUGUGAACUGCACUGAACCAAACCCACAAACAUCAAGCUCUAGUCCUAAGACCAAAUGAACUCCUCCUGUUCUCUCACAGCAUUUUACUUGCUACGUGCCUGAAGAAAAAGACAGAUGUUGCCUUCCUCCCAAGUCGGGCAUUGAAAUUUUGAAGAAGACGAAAAGUAAGCAAAACAGCUUGAUCUGAGCCUCCUUGUGUACUUCUUUCUUAUUGCAACUGUUCUGUCUAGCCUCUCACAGUUUCUGCACUGCAAGUUUGCAACAUGACAAAACUAGUUUCAUGUAUAAUCAAAAAAGCUGUCUACACUGCAAGAAAGAUGUUGAUCAUCAGCGGCACUCGCUUGCAGGUAGUUUUCAGGGCGUUAAAGCCUUAAAGUCAACACAAAGCUGUUUUUUUUUAGUGCAACAGAAUAUUUUAUAAGAAAAGGGGUGGGGCUUGGUUUUUAUCAUUGGUAGUUGAUUGGAUCAUGAAAAGUUGGUGUUAAAUACCAGAUGAGACCAUCUGGUGCUUGGUUGGAGAGUUUGACAUCAGCCGAAAGGAAAGUCUUGCUGAAAGAUUAUGAAGACAAUUUUCUUUGAGAUAACAUGCAAUGAUAUAUCAUGCAAUAUGAGUCCAGUAUUAAAGGGAUAGUCUUCUUUCUUCUUUGCAACACAAAAGAAGAUAUUUUGGAGAACAUUG